AACCGACAUGCCAAUUAGGACGAUUUCGGUGAAAUUUUUUGGCAAAUAAUUUAAACUCGGAACAGUAGCUCUAUCUGUAUAAUGAAUUACACAUCAUUACUUAACGUGUCUCUCGUAAAAGAACACUAAUAUCCUCUAGUAAAGGUAUCUAUUGUAUGAUCAUGGAGCAGCAGAAUCCAAAAUCUAAUGAGAACAAACUUGGAGAACCCGUCGAAUUCAACGCCUCUAUUCAGUUGAAAAUAGAACAACUCGAAGUGAUAGAUACAUUGGCUGAAACAACUAACAGGGGCACCAAACUAAGAAAACCCGUUGAAUUAAACACCUCACUCAGCGUGAAAGUAGAGGAAAUGGAAAUAAUAGAUACACCGCCUGAAAAUGUUAAUAAGGAGAACAAACUAGGAGAACCAGACGGAUACAACGCCCCUAUUCCGAUCAAAGUAGAAGAAAUCGAAAUAAUAGAUUCAUUGACUGAAUUAAAAUCAGAACCAGAGGUAACAGAUGCCGUCAGCUACCGAUGUAAAGUUUGUGGCAAAGAAUUCCCAUCUUUCUCCCUGCUUAAUGAUCACCGAUUGAAUCACACGAAAGAUGAACAUUCAAACAGUGGUCCUAGUACCAACGGAGAUGAAAAUCCUUACAUUUGUGACUUGUGUGGAAGACGUUAUCGCAAACUCGUCCAGAUCAGACAACAUAUGAAAUAUCAGAAAGGAAAACCUUACAAAUGUGACGUGUGUGAGAAGCCAUUUGUCACAACUAGCAAUCUCAAUGAACAUAAGAAAUUUCACACGAACGAUAAACCAUUCAAAUGUGAAUUGUGCGGAAAGGCAUAUUAUGCGCGCUACCAACUGAAAAAGCACUCAUUUAGUCACACGAGUGAAACACAGUUUAACUGUGAGUUGUGUGGGGAAGGAUUUGCUACGCUCUGGAACCUUGUGCUCCACAAGGGGACUUUCAGGCUCAGGAAUGAAUUUUCUAAAUGCGUCAAACACGAAUCUUUCAGGGUAAUUAGUACAGCAUGUGAUAUAUGCGGAAAGGAAUACGAUACUCUCAGAAAGUUAAAAGACCAUAUGCAAUCUCAUAAUGUGAGAAUUCACAAAUGUGACCUAUGCGAGAAGGCAUUUAGUAUAAUGGGCCAGCUGACUGAACAUAAGAAAAGUCACUUAUAUGAACGAUCAUGUGAAUGUGAAUCGUGUGGAAAAGGAUUUUGUACGCCGAACGCAUUGAAAAAGCACAUGCUUACUCAUUCAGAUGAGAGACCAUUCAAGUGUGAAAUGUGCGAAAAAAGCUUUCUUCAGCGCAGUCAACUUAAAGCACAUGAAUUUGUGCACACUGAUUAUAAAAGUUACCAAUGCAAAGUGUGCGGUAAGAAGUUUAAAAUUUUGUACAGCCUUAAAUGUCACUGGACAAUUCACACGAAUAAAAAACCACACAGCUGUGAUGUGUGUGGGAAAGAAUUUCGUGAAAAAGCUGUCCUUAAACGACAUCAGAACAUUCACACAAACGAAAAAUCGCAUAUUUGUGAAGUGUGUGGAAAGGAAUUUCGCCAAAAAACGAACCUCAGAAGACACAUGAAUAUUCACGCAGACAAAAAACCGCAUAAAUGUGAUGUGUGUGGGAACGGAUUUCGCGACCUUCACAAUCUCAACAGACACAAGAUGGUUCACGAAAGCAUAAAACUGAAAACGUACACGUGUGAAGUGUGUGGAAAACCAAUUCGUUAUCGCUGUAACCUUAGCCGUCACAUGUUAUUAUUUCACUCGAAGUAGACAAUGAACAAAUAUGACAUAGAUUUUUAACGCGCUUAUUCCGAAAAAGAUAUUAAUUAAAUGGUGUAAAUUACCAUGCACGUCAAUCAAAGCGACACUGUCUUUAGAUGCAUUUAAAUCCCACAGUGAAAAACAAGAAGUCGGGAAAAACCUAGAUCACUUCUGAUGCAUUUUUAAAAAUUAACUAAAUUAAAUGCAUUUCUUUCCAUCAAAAUAGAAAUUCGCUAUAUAUUUUGCGUUGCGUACAAUGUAUUUUGCGUUGCGUGUAAGACGUCAAAACCCUACAAAAACUAGUCCUACAUUCAACAAAACGUCGAACAAAGUGAAUCAGCGUAGGACGUUUGCUAAACAAACUUUUCGGCGAGGAUGUGCAAAGUUGAUGCAAAAAUGGAAAUUAAAUGCAUUUUUUCUAAUUUGAUGCAAAUUUGUUAUACAUUUCUAAAGUGAUCUGCCCCUAGGAAAAAACUCUGUUCAAGAUUUACUUUUUCGUCAAAUCUUAUGGAUAAGACCACCAUUUUUCUAAAAAAAAGCAGCUAGUUUUUAUUGUGCAUCAAAGGUGACUGACUAUACAUUUCAAUUGAUAACUCAUUUUUAACUGCAAUGCAUAUGGGGCUCUUAUGUUUUUAUGGGCAACUACCGAAAUUAGAGGCGCUUGUCAAAGAAAAAUGUUAUGUACGAAUAAACUAAUUUAUAGUACUUAAGCAACACUUCAGAUUUUUUUCUUGUACACAUGCCGUCCCCAUCAUUUACUUUAUCGACAAU